UAAUGCUAAAAUUGUAAUCCAGAAAACAGAGAAAUUCAGCUUGACACAAGCAUAUGUCUUCAAAUUUCUUUGUGAUAAUCCCAAAUCUCUCUCCUUUCCCUUCAAAUUUUAGCUUAUCUUAACUUGGGUUCUUUGAAUUUUCAACUGGGAUAUAAGUAUGAAUCUUUUUUUAUGCCUAGUUCAAGUUUAAGCAUGUGAAGCCAGCAUCUUUAUGUAAGAUUUUCUAUAUUUUUUUUUUCUUUUUCCUGGUUUUGGACCAGUGUUUUGAGAGAUGAACUCAAGCAGUGGAAAAGGAUCCAUGUCAACUGCCAGCUCAAGUGCUGCUUGGAAAGCAGGAGAUGCAGUUCCUGAACAGUUUCCUGCUGGUUUGCGUGUUCUUGUUGUUGAUGAUGAUCAAACAUGUCUUAUGAUCUUGGAAAAGAUGCUGAGAACCUGCCUUUAUGAAGUUACCAAAUGCAAUCGAGCAGAGAUUGCUUUGUCUAUGCUACGAGAGAACAAAAACGGGUUCGAUAUCGUUAUCAGUGAUGUCCACAUGCCGGACAUGGAUGGAUUCAAACUUCUUGAGCAUAUUGGUUUGGAGAUGGACCUCCCUGUUAUCAUGAUGUCAGCAGAUGAUGGAAAGCAUGUUGUUAUGAAGGGUGUUACACAUGGUGCCUGUGAUUACCUAAUCAAACCAGUUCGUAUGGAGGCGCUGAAGAACAUAUGGCAGCAUGUGGUUCGGAAGUGGAAGGACGAAUGGAAGGACUUUGAGCAAUCAGGAAGUGUAGAAGAAGGAGAUCGGCAGCAAAAACAAUCUGAAGACGCAGAUUACUCAUCCUCAGCUAAUGAAGGGAAUUGGAAAAGCUCAAAAAAGAGGAAGGAUGAUGAAGAUGAAGCUGAGGAGAGGGAUGAUACAUCCACACUAAAGAAGCCGAGGGUUGUCUGGUCCGUUGAGCUCCAUCAACAGUUUGUUGCAGCUGUUAAUCAACUAGGCAUUGACAAGGCUGUCCCAAAGAAAAUUUUGGAGUUGAUGAAUGUUCCCGGCCUUACCAGAGAAAAUGUUGCCAGCCACCUCCAGAAAUAUCGCUUGUAUCUUAAAAGGCUAAGCGGGGUAUCACAGCACCAGAGUAAUCCGAAUAAUUCUUUUAUCAGUCCUGAAGAAGCAGCUUUUGGACCACUAUCUUCUCUCAAUGGGCUUGAUCUUCAAACUCUUGCUGCCACUGGUCAACUUCCUGCACAAAGUCUUGCGACACUCCAAGCAGCAGGGCUUGGUCGGUCAACUGCUAAAUCUAGCAUACCUAUGCCCCUUGUUGAUCAAAGAAACAUUUUUAGCUUUGAAAAUCCAAAGUUGAGAUUUGGAGAAGGGCAGCAACAACAUAUGAACAAUAAUAAGCAAAUAAAUUUAUUUCACGGAAUUCCAACAACUAUGGAGCCAAAGCAGCUUGCCAGCUUGCAUCACACUGCACAAUCAAUAGGAAACAUUAAUAUGCAAGUCACUUCCCAUGGUGCGCAAAGUUUCCAAAAUAAUUCUUUAUUGAUGCCGAUGGCUCAGCCACAGUCAAGAGGGCAGGUACUCAAUAAUUCCACCGUUGGUCAUGCUCCCACGCUUCCCUCAUCCAUGGGGCAGCCUAUAUUAUCAAAUGGAGUUGCUGUCAAUGUCUCUCCAAGAAAUGGAAUUCCAGAAAAUAUCAGAGCCCCUGGUUAUAAUCCAGUUUCACAAACCUCUUCAAUAUUGAAUUUCCCCAUGAAUACUGCUUCAGAACUACCAGGUAAUAGUUUCACUCUUGGAAGUACACCCGGGAUUUCUGGUCUCACAUCCAAAGGGGCUUUUCAGGAAGAUGUUAACUCAGAAAUGAAAGGAUUGGGGGAAUUCUUGUCGAGUUAUGAUACAUUUAACGACUUGAAUCAACAUAAACCCCAAAAUUGGGAGAUACAGUAUGUAGGCAUGACAUAUGAUGCCUCCCAGCAUUCAAACUCUCUUCAAGACAACCUUGAUCUUAUGCAGUCAGUUUUAGUUCAACAAGGAUUUUCUUCUGGCCAAGUGAAUGGACAGAACAGGAGUGCGGCUGUUGUAAGAAAGGCAAUGUUCUCAGCAGGAGAUAGUACAGAGCAUGUGAAUGCACAAAAUGUUAAUCAACAUCUCAACUCCCUUGUUGAAAAUACAAUAAGGGUAAAGUCUGAGAGAGUUGCUGACGCCAGCGCUGCCAAUCUAUUCCCUAAUCACUUUGGACAAGAAGAUCUCAUGAGUGCUCUUCUGAAACAGCAGGAAGGCAUUCUACCUGCUGAAAAUGAGUUUGAUUUUGAUGGGUAUUCCAUGGAUGAUAUUCAAGAGUAGGGGAUCUUCUAUGCUCCAAUUCUCUUCAUGAUUGCAGUUUCUGAUGUACAUACUCAUCGUAAGACAAAUAUCUCUUCUGCAAUCGGUCAGUGGGACCUCAAGUUUGUUUUUCUUCAAGAAACCAUGUUGCUUAGUUCCAAUAACUGCAUCUUCAAUAUCAUGUUGUACUGGUUUCUUUUGAACAUAACAGGAUCGGAUGAACAGCUAGAUAAUCGAGAUGGAGCUACCAUUAGAAGAUAGUUGUGAAGGUUGUAAGAUACUUCUGCAUGAUAUGCAAAGGCAAUCAUGCAAAAUUUUGAUUGUUUUUGGUACCAGAAUCUGGCAGGAUGAACUAAUUUUAGGGUGCUUUUGAAGCUGUCAUGUCGAGUUGUGGAAGCAUUGACAAUAGUAAACUUUCUAACGCUAAUAACAGAUGAAGUUGCCUUUUUUUCCCUUUUUUAUCUUUUUCUUUCUUCAACCUCCCUUCUCCCCUGCCAUGAGCGGAGGGGA